AUGGGUGAACAUUCGUAUGUUUCGAAGCACCAGGUACUUUUCUGCAGCCGGUCACCAUCGGUCCAGAAUCCCACAUGGAUCAAGCCCCAUGCGUGGAGACCAAGAGACCCUGGUGCUAACUUCGUAGCAGGCAAGACAGGAUAG